GGAAGACUCUGCGUGGGUUUCCCGGAUGGAGUCCCGGCGCCAUCUUUACUCCAGUGCUACCGGUGGCUCGUCGGUUACGGCGGAGGGGACGCUGCUGCUGUUGCUGCUCCACCACUAGGACUCGCCGUCUGGGACUGAUUAGCCCACGCUGAAUCCUCUCUUUCCGCCUGGCACCACCAACAGCCUCGAUCACCGAGCACCAUGGCAGAAAGAGAGAACUAUGUCUACCAAUCCAAACUCGCCGAGCAAGCGGAGAGAUAUGACGAAAUGGUGGAGUCCAUGAAGCUAGUGGCCGGCAUGGACGAGGAGCUGUCUGUGGAGGAGAGGAAUCUGCUGUCAGUAGCAUAUAAGAAUGUGAUCGGAGCCAGAAGAGCCUCUUGGAGGAUAAUCAGCAGCCUCGAACAGAAGGAGGAGAGCAAGGGUGGAGAGGACAAACUAAAGAUGAUCCGGGAAUACAGGCUAACGGUGGAGACGGAGCUGAAAUCAAUCUGCAACGACAUUCUGGAUGUACUGGACAAGCACCUCAUUGCAUCUGCCAACACGGGAGAGUCAAAGGUUUUCUACUACAAAAUGAAGGGGGAUUACCACAGGUAUCUGGCAGAGUUUGCCACGGGCAAUGACAGGAAGGAGGCAGCGGAGAACAGUUUGGUAGCCUAUAAAGCCGCCAGCGACAUCGCCAUGAUCGAACUCCCUCCAACACACCCCAUCCGCCUGGGACUGGCCCUCAAUUUUUCUGUUUUUUAUUAUGAAAUUCUCAACUCGCCAGACCGUGCAUGCAGGUUGGCGAAGGCGGCGUUUGAUGAUGCCAUUGCAGAACUGGACACGCUGAGCGAGGAAAGCUACAAGGACUCAACACUUAUAAUGCAGUUGCUACGCGACAACUUGACACUAUGGACCUCAGACAUGCAGGGAGACGAUUCUUAAGGACAGCCCCCCUCCUCCACCCCUCCUCCAUUGUAGAACUGUAUUUUGUGAAGAACAGAACAAAGAAACAGUGCAAGAUGUCGAGGACACCACCAAGUGAGACUUAUCGGCCAACACGAGACAAACCCUCCCGUUCCUCUCGUCCUCCCGCAUCUCUCUCUCUCUCUCUCUCUCUCUCUCUCUCUCCUCAAUCGCUAGCUCCAUGUGCCCAGUGAGAGUUUUCAAUGGGGUUUAUACUGCAGCCCAUUCUCUCUGUCCCGCCCCCCUGCUCUUUCCUUCCUCCUCCUCCUCGUCUAGCUCCAAGCCCCUCGCGGCUCCCCAGGGUUAUCGUUUGUUUCUACUGUUUGUUUUUGCUCCCCCUUUUAAACCACCCUCGUAAAUAAAAGUGACAGAUGGGGUUUUUUUUUUACUCGUGUUGUGGUAUGAACUGCACCACGUGAGCGCCUCGACCCAACCCUUCACCGGGACUGUUACCCUCCAGACAACACCAUUUUGAGCUGAAAAAAAAAAAAAAAAAAAUCUUAAGAAUCGCCCUCUUUCCUCGCUAACUAGUGGAACUACUUUGUGUCGGUAUCACUACGCCACGGCUUCACGGGGAGCUGUGGAAAACAGCGACACCGAGACAAAGUAGUUCCACCAGCUGGCAAGCAAGAGGGCUGGAGAACGACUGUGUGUUGUUGUAUUUGUUGUUGUUGUUGUUUACUCAGAGUGGUGUUGUGUGCUGGUGCAGAUCCACGUGACUGCGUUGGGAAAAGAGCGGUCGUGGCGAGGCGCGAGGAGCAAACGCCACCGCACGGGCGAGAACCACAACCGUCACUUGAAGAGAAAAAAAAAAAAAAGUUUGGAGCUGUCCCAGAGGUUUUAUUGUUGUUGUUGUUUUUUUUUUUUGUUUUUUGUUUGUUUUUUUUUUUUUAACUCCUGUUGCAAGCCUAUAGCCACAAGGUUCGUGUCAUCAUUUUUUGUAUCUUUUUUUUUUUUUUUUUUUUGCUUUACUGUGCUGUAUCAUCUGUUGCCAAGUAUGCUUGCCUGUAUUUGUACCACAUGUAUGGAAGGCUUUACUGUAAAAUGUGUGUGUGUGUGUGUGUGUGUGCGUGCGCGUGGUCGAAGGAACCACGCGGUCCAUCCUCCAUGCUUUUGUCAGUCUCUGAGAAUUUCUGGUUUGCAAAAAUGAGGGAACGGCGGUGAUGCGUGGUUUAAAAGGGACACGACACGCUUUUUUAGAAAGAACUAAGUGCCCUGUUUACUUUGUGGUUACCCAACCGACUCUUUCAUCACAUCAAUGGGUUUGUGUUUUAUAAAAAAAUGACAAAUAACAGAAUGUCCCCCUUCCCCGAGCAUCACUCUCUGACCUCCAUUCACGUCCACUCUCGGACCAAGUAUUGUGCUGCGAGGCUGUUGCGCUUUUGCUCAAGGCAGAUAGUUAGGUAAUGGCUUUUCAGCGGAUGAAAGCAGGGGGGUGGCAAGAAACGCUCAACACUCUGAUUGUAAUGUAAUGCAGUUUUGCAUCGGCACUAUAUAAAACGUUUGGGAAAUAGAGGCCUGCUGUAUCUUAUCCCCCCCUCCUCCCCCGACUCUGUUCCAUGUUUUCCCCUCUGUAUCUCAACUCUCUCUCUCUUUCUCUUCUCCUGGUCACCUUGUUCUCUCUCUCUCUCUCUUCUGUUCAGUAUGUGUAACGUGAAUCUGAUUUGUACUACUGGAUAUUAUGACCGGAGCCACAACUACCAUCUGUAUUCUUACUGAAACACAGCAUGGACUUAACAUUAAACUUCAAAUACAAAAAAAAAAAAUAAAAAUAAAACAAGUUAAAUUAA